AUACGAUGCACAGCACAGCACGAAAUAGGCCGUCGCGAAACCAUUGGCCAAUCAUGCCGCUGCGAGCUCGUUGUCGUCAUGGUACUUAAUUCCUUGUUUAGUUUCUCGCUCAAUUUUCUCAUACUCCAAGUGUCUAUCUGAAUGAGGACGAUCAUUAUUUCCUCCAUCAUCUGGAUCUCGCAAGGACUUUCCUACGCACGUGCGUUGGUGAUUGGCCCACGCGACAGAUACCAGGGGCUGUCUGUCAUUUUUGCCGAUCGCUGCCAUCGAACCGUUGCACGCGCGCGCGAGCUCAAAGAUUUUGGACUUAUCUCCCCACGUUUAAUAUCAUCAGCGCCAUCAGCAUUCAAGUCAAACGGCGGGUGCAGGAUCUAUGAGCAGGAUCGAGUGAUGAUAUGACCAUCCAUCAUGGUCAUCAUCGGCAUUGUCAAUAAACGGAUCUGUCCAGUCCCAUGCAUGCGCAUCUCCGACAUGGACACACACCUCUCUAGUAGAUAGAUAGAUAGAGAGAUAGAGAGAU